GUACUACAGAGUGUGUUCUGACCUUCCUGGAUAGAGACUACAUUUUUCAGUCAGACAUAGGCUAUAUCAAGCAUACAGACAAUUUCCAACACAGCACCACCAUUAAGCGACUUAGCCUUAAGAGGAGGCCCAGAGUGGCCGAGAAUAAUGCGGAAAAAGCACAGAGUGGAAUUUCAGCAGGCCAGUGGCAUUCUGUACAGGCCAUGUCAUUACUGAGUGAUCAUGAUGCCAGAACAUCAGUUAUUUCUUCAGGAACCAGAGGCCGACCUCCUCUUCCUCCAUCCCAUGUUUCUUCUUCUGAUAACAAACCUGGCAGGACUGAAGGACAACGAACAUCUGAGAUGCUUCCCAGGUCUAAGCCUCAAGCUGCUGUGAGAUCUCUUAAUUUACAUAGACAAAACUCCUUGGUGGAAAAGAUCUCUAUGGAGACCCAAAAACAUUUGGAGCAAGAGAAGCCCCGCAAGACUCCUCCUGAGCCUCAACCCCGCCGACGACUGGCCAGUUUUGGAGGGAUAAGCACAACUGGCAUGGGUACAUACAAUCAGAACAACAUUGGUAACAAGCCACCUGGCACAGGGAGUGAUUUGUACAUCCAUCUUAACUCUUCUCUGGACAGUAGAGGCAGCACAGGUUCCCUGAAGCUGAGCCCGCAAAGUUCAGGCAGAACCACCCUGGUUACAAAUCUGGGCUCCAUACAGCUGCAGCAUGUUCGCGACCAGAUGGUGAUAGCACUGCAGAGACUGAAGGAGCUGGAAGAGCAGGUGAAAAUUAUCCCGAUCCUCCAGGUGAAAAUCUCAAUUCUUCAGGAGGAAAAGAGGCAAUUGUCUUCUCAAAUCAAGAACCAGAAUGGUGAUGAUAUUCAUGAUGUGUUGUGGGAUGGGACUUAUAGUAUGGGAAUGUCUGAUGGUGGCCAAGGGAUGACUGACACUGUAAACAUGAUGAAUACCAAAGAUGGGGUCAGGGGCAUCAUGCAAAGUGACUGCACCAACCUCAUUGGAUUAAGGCAUUUGACAGAAGAGAUUCAAGAAGUGGAACAAACUGUCCAAUGUAGAAAUGCACUUGCAGAAGAUGGAGAAAUCCACAAUGCAGUUGUAAGUGAUAAAAAUGUAGACACUACUUUGUUCAAAACCACAAAAGAAAGCAAAUGUGUUUAUACUGAACCAGUAGAAACAAGGUCGAUUGCAACAGAAGUCACGGAGAUUGAUCUUGACAUUUACACCGAACGGGAAGCAGAGCUUGAUGCUCAGCAAAUACUUAUUGAAGCCAUGAGAGAGAGAAUUUGCCACUUGGAAGUAGAGUUGAAAGAAUCAGCUCUCCAGACAGAGAUGAGCCGUUUGAAACUAGAGCUUCAGGCUACAGGAGCUAGGAACCGACUUGACAAGGCCUCUAUUGCAAGACCAUCCACUGUCAGCACAGGUACUCAGGCUGGGAUUCAGACCACAAGCCAGGCAUCGGGUAAUCACACUGUUCACCAAGAUGCCAGUACAGGUGAGGAAAAAAGGGUGACAAGUGUGGGAGUGUCUUGCCAUCCAGAGCUGAAGAACGUUAGUACUGGACCAGAUGUACCCAUGAGCCACCGGAAUGUAACAGAGCAAGUGGAGCAGAGUGAGCACAUUGUUACCGGUAUGCAAGGAACUCGGUCAAAGAACGAUGCCAAUUACCGCUCGGUGGCUUGCGGGGACUGCUCUGUUGAUGUGAUUGUAAUUGAAGCGAAGGAAUUGGUUUCUCACGGCAUGGCAACAGAUCCAGUAAGAUGUGUUGAACUGGGCAUAAUGGCAACACCCAAGACAGCUUCACGGCGUACUAACACAGAUUCCAGUUCAGUGUCCCGCUUUACCAACACUACCAGUGCUUUCAACACUGACUCCAGCACUAAUACUCUCCUUCGUACACAGGACAAGUACACAAACACUGCUCACACUAUUACUAGAUCAGUGUCUGUGGGCAACAGAUACAGAGAUAUCAGCGUUAUCCCGGAGACUCGAUCAGUUGGAGUUGGGAGUGCUAUGGUGGUAGGACAGGCUUUAAAACAGCUACCAGUGACUAUGUCCAAGGUAACUCGAGACACUGGGGUUGGAUUCACAAACAUUAAUGAGAACUUUCUAGUUGGAUUGAAAACCCGAAAUAUGGCCUCUGGACCAUCUCACCUACCUGAUCCCAUCAAGACGAAGAGCAUUGGCGUAGGGGAGGGAAGGAUACGAGAUUUGACGGUUUCUUGCCAAACGACUGCUCAGAAGUCUCAGUACUCUGUACAAUCACAGUGGGAUCCCGAGCUGAACCAUUACAUAGAGAAGCUGCAGAGGUUUCUGAGAGAACACCAGGAACUGCUUUCAUUGGACCAAACCAAGAAGGGAAAGGAAUUUGUCCAGCAGCAAAGCAGCCAAGGAAACAGCAGGUCCACACCUUCUUGUGAUAACAACGCCACAUUACGAGAACAAACAGGACUGUGUCUUGUAGAUGUUCAGUCUCCAGCCAACAUGGACCUUCAGUUGCAAUCUCAAAUUUCACUCUCCUCUUGGAGGAGUGACAGAGGAAAUCCAGGAAUGUGUCACCAGAGUAGUAAUAAUGACUCAGAGGUGAAAAGAAUGAUAGAACUGUUGGAGCAACAGACAUCAUCUGUGAUGCAAGACAGGCCAUCUAAAUCCAGUGUGCUGCGGUCUGCACAUAAGAAGAAUCGUGUCCAAGCCUGUAGCAGCAAUAGAAAGAACAUGAAGUUCCUGGGGGUUACCACUGGAUUAGACCCUGUGUCAUUUUACGAAUUCUCUGCCAGUGAGGAAAAUCAACAGAGAGGAAACAGAACAUUAAAGGAAUCUUAUCAAGAUGGGUUGCAAGCAAGAAAGAGCAAAUGUGGCUCCAACAAGGGCCAAAAAGGGUCUGCAGCAGCAGCGGCACAUAAACCGCAGAGGUGUAAAAUUAGUGAAAAUAUGUUUUCUGCCUGUCAAGCCUUAAGGAUGCACCUGAGUGACAGUACAGCUUUAUCCAGCAGAGAACUGCAUGACUGUCUACAAACACUCCAGCGUGAGUGGUUCUCUGUGUCCAGCCAAAAGUCAGCUCUUCCUGAUACAGUGGAGGACUACUUGUGUACGUUUCAUCUUAUUUCACCCUCAGUGUUGCAGCAUAUCGUUAAUAUGGCCGAUGGAAAUGGCAACACAGCUCUGCACUACAGCGUUUCACAUUCCAACUUCGGAGUGGUCAAGAAAAUUCUUGAUGCAGGGGUGUGUAAUGUGAACCAUCAGAACAAGGCAGGUUACACACCCAUCAUGCUUGCUGCGCUGGCAGCUGUGGAAACUCCUGAGGACAUGAAAGUGGUGCAGGAACUAUUUAAAAAAGGAGACGUCAAUGCCAAGGCGAGUCAGGCUGGUCAGACAGCGCUGAUGUUAGCAGUGAGCCACGGCAGGAUGGAUGUAGUGCAGGCUCUCCUGGCACAGGGAGCAGAGGUCAACACCCAGGAUGACGAGGGCUCCACAGCCUUGAUGUGUGCGAGCGAGCAUGGCCACAUUGACAUCGUUAAACUGCUGCUCGCACAGCCAGACUGCGACGCCACCCUAACUGAUAGUGACAAAAGCACAGCCAUGACUAUUGCAUUGGAGACGGGACAUAACGACAUUGCAGUACUCCUGUACGCACAUACAAACUUUGCCAAAGGGCAGACAGGGGCAACUGCUCGUCUUGGUGGCAAGUCACUGCCUUGCUUUGGUGGAAGAAAUUUAUUCGAAUGAAGUGAUGACCAAAAGUCUGAAUGAAUACCUUAUGGGUAUUGUUUAUGAGAUGUUUUAAUAUCAGAACCCUAUAACAAAGAGUUUAAUACCGUUUUUGAAACAUUAUGGUCACUUUAAUAUAGUCAUACGGAUUGCAUUUCCAUUCAUGUUAGGACAUAAUGGAAGUUAAUCUGAAAUUCAAAUAUACAUGUGUUAGUGUAACGUACAGUAUUGUAACAGAAAAAUCAUGGCAGUUAUGUGAAAUCACAGCAGAGAAUAGUUAAUGUAUUGUGAAGUUGUAUAUUAGAAAUUAAUGUUCUUUAUUAAUAAGUGAGCUGAGACAUUAGUCUUAAUUAUAUGGAAAUGUUUCUUUUAAAUAAAAAUAGUCUUCUCUAAUUUGUUGUUUGAUAUGCAUAGUUUGAUGCAUAUCAAACUAUGAAAAUUCAAAGUAAUAUUUUCAGUUCGUAAUCAAUGAAAUAUACUUAUACAGGAAACAUGAUUAUGUAAGUCAGGAAAUCAUAUGAAACUGUGUUGACUGGAUGAACGUUUGGACAUCCAUAUUUUAAUCGUAACUAAAAAUAAUGAAAAGCAUAUCAGAAUGCUGUACUUGAUCUGUGCUGCUUUGUUUCAGUCAGUUGCAUGGACUUGUAUUGACAGCUCAUUAUAUAUUCAGGUCCAUAGCUAUUUUGACA